AACCGACGACAGUAUUUACUUUCCACCUCAUGCUUAGCGGAGGAUUUAUGAAGAGAAGCUUCACCCUGUGCGUACAGCGGAGCUUUGAUUUUGUUUGAGACUUUAUGAGGAUUUGAAGAUUCGAUCAGCCAUGGAUGGAGACGUGCUGUCUUUGUCAUCUUCUUCAUCUUUAUCAUCCUCAUCAGCGGCAGCAGAAACACAGAAAGGUACUUCACCUAAGAGUGACAGCAGCCUCCCUCAGAGCCAACAGAGUCAUAAAUCAGCUGAAGCAUUGUGGACAGAGGAUGUGAGUCCCGUGGGUGACAGGUUGCUGUCCACAGAGGAGCAAGUCACUCUGAUCACAGAGAGUAUGACAGUCACCUCCACUGACCAGGAGAAACUGCUGCUGCUGAACAAGAACACUGAGCUCCGCAGAGUCAACAAGGAGCUGAUGAAGCUGAAUGAGGACUGGGACCAGGUGUACCGGAGUGCCACACUGGGUCUACAGCACAGGCUGGAGGCUUUGGAGCUGGAGAACUCUGCCAUCAAACAGCUCAACAGUAGACUGCUGCUCAAAGUAGAGCACCAACAGAGCGCUAAAGAGUACUAUGAGCAGGCUCUGAUGCAGGAGCUGAAGAAGAACCAGGAGCUGCAAGAAUACAUCAGGCUGGUGGACAGCAGGAUGCAACACCCAGAAAGAGCCUGCACAACUGUCAGACAGGGCAGCUUCAGUGCUGUGGUAAGCGAUCCUGUGUCAUGCCCCACCAGCAAUCCACCAUCCAGAGAUCCCGACCUCUCACCCAGCCACUUAUCUGGUUACAACCCUUCCUCCUUUUCCAAAGCUUCUUCAAGCGCAGAGGCUGGAUGGCAGGGAAAAAGCCAAAGCAGCAAUACCCCACUGGGAGCACUGGGAGACUCCCACCGAGAAGUGCAGGAUCUAAAAGAGCAGCUGGAGGCACUAAGAUGUCAGCAGACCCAGAUUUAUGAAGCAGAAUAUCAGACGGAGCAUAACGACCACAAACACACAAUGCAGGAGAACCGCAGGCUGAGGAAGAAGAGGGAGGAGAUGCGUCAACAGGUGGCACUACUGCAAGAGCAGCUCAAGGUUUAUGAGGAUGACUUCCGACGGGAGCGGUCUGACAAACAGAUGCUGCAGCGGCUGUUGUUAAAGAAAACGCCCGCAAACAAGGACCCUGUGCUUAUCCACCGCUGCAAUAAUGAACAGCAGCCACUAGGAGGAGACAAGAGGACACAAAGCGGAGAGAAAAGAAAACAGCACCACCCACUCUGCCCCAAGCACCUGAACAGGGACAAAGAAUCAGAGUGAGGUCCCAAGGGAGAGAAAAAUCAUGACCAUGUACACACAUGAAGAUUAAGAGCAUGAGCCUAAACCUGGGAAAGUGAAAAUCAUAAAUGUUUCAAUGAUUUGUACUCACUCUCAUUUGGAAAAACCUGCACAGUGAUAUUAUAGAGAUGCUGCACAUCACACCACAAGGAAAAUUGGACUCUACAUGUAAUCUUAGCACUGGAUUUCAUCCCUCUCUCUCUAUAAAAGCAGCAUUAUCUGAUUAAUGCUGACAGUAAAUAACAUGUAGUAAAAGUUUAUGGAAGCAGCCCAACAUGAACAAAUGUGGACUCAAGUGCUUCACUGGUUCUUCAAGGUUUAUCCUUGGUAAGCUUCAUGAAAAUAAUACAAACUUAAAGUUGAAUUGUAGAUUAUAGUUUAUAGGGGGUUCUGUUCGAUAUAUAUCUCACACUGUUAUUAACUUUGGUACUUAUAUAUAUUUAAUGUAAUCUAAAAUAAUUCUUUCUAAUAUAUACAUUUCUUUAAAGUUAAGUUUCUAUAUUUACCCUGAUGUUUAUUGUAAUGUCUUAUAUUUUAAAAGCUAUAAAUAGUCAGAAUAAUAAAAUAAAUUGUAAGAACUGA